AUGCCCUACACAACCGCCCCCAUGGACAAGCUCCAACACAAGUCCCUCAUAACAACGCCUUACAAUCUCACAUACAGCUACUAUCUCAGCCCAAACUUCACACAGAAGCUCCAUACCAAUGUCCCGACUCUGAUGUUCGUGCACGGCUACCCGGACGACGCAUACAUGUGGGCAGGUGCCGUUCCGACGUUCUUGGAUCUCCCAUACCCCUUCCUCAUUCUCGAUCUUCUCGGAUUCGGAGGCUCUUCCAAGCCGGCGGAGCCAAGUAAAUACAACUAUCGGAACCAGGCGAAUUCCAUCGCUCAGAUUCUGGAUCAGGAAAAGGUUCCGAAUAAUGUGAUUCCAAUCGGUAACAAGCGUCUGCUCCUUGUCCUUUCAAACACCCGCUAAUUCUCCACCUCGCAGGCCACGACUGGGGUUCCGCAACCUCUCAGCGCUUCUACCUCUACCACCGCCAUCGCUGCAUCGGCCUCUCCCUCCUCAGCCUAGCUUACCAAGUCCCCUCCCCAGAGCCCUUCAACCUGGACGCCGCCAACAAAACCACAGCCCAGAGAUUCGGCUACCCACAGUGGGAAUACUGGAAUUUCUUCACUGCGCCCGACGCCCCGAACCAGAUGCGCGACAACAUGGAACGCUUCUUCGAAGUCAACCACGGCUUCCUGCCCGGCCCCAAGGGCGAAGACAUCUGGAUGCGAGAGAUGUUUUGCGUUCCCGGUGCCAUGGGAGAGUACGUCACCCAGACUGGAAAAUGGGCAGGUCGAGUGGUGGAAUUGAAAGAUUACGCGAAGCGCGAUCCGAGUAUCUUUCAGCGAUUCAAGGAGAGACUGUCCAGGGAUGGCUUGGAAGGGCCCGUCUGUUACUACCAUUCCCUCAAGAACAACACCAUGCUGCAAGAUGAACGGGCUCUCUGUCGGAACGCAGCAGACACGCGAAUCACCGUUCCGCUGCUGUACCUUGGACAGACGGGCGACUGGGUCUGCCGGACGGAUCUGAUGAGAGAUGCGGUCGAUGCCGGGUUGGUCGAGGAGGCGAAAUUGGAGGAAAAGGUUCUUGAUGCGGGACAUUGGGUGCUUUACGAGAAGCCGGAAGAAAUCGCGGGAUUGAUCGCGGAUUGGUUGCGGAGAAAGUUUCCGGUCGAGCAGUAG